AUGCCUCAGGCGGAGCAGGCUUGGUCAACCACGGAGCCCUCGGUGCUGCCUCAGAUCAGUCAUAUGCCAUAUUCUGGGGGAGCUGCAGCCAUGGAAGCAGCAGACAUUGGAUUUGAGUGGGGAGAGAACCAAGCUUCUGCCUAUGCUUGGUGGUUGGCUUUUCUGAAGAGCUUAGAUGGUAAUAAUAGUACUAGUAAUAACACUGUUCCUCAGGAGUUUAAGUACCCAUUGGCAUUGGGGAGUUCUAACUGGUUUUUUGGCCAGAGGCCUGGUGGUAGUUUAAAAGUAGAAGAGGCAGAUGAUCAUGAGCAGAUUCCUUCACCAGAUGAGUGGUUGAUAAUUCCCACAACAGAAAAUCAUGAGGCUCCCAAAAUGCAGGACAACAAGGCUAUUGUGGAGGCUUUGUACAAGGCGUUGGCCCAAGGCCAAACCGAGACAGUGGCGAAGGUUUUAGCUACUGACCUGGAAUGGUGGUUCCAUGGUCCUCCGAAGUGCCAGCACAUGAUGAAGGUGCUGACAGGGGAUUCCGGUCACGUUGGCUUCAAGUUCGAGCCGAGAAGCGUAACGGAGAUUGGUGACUACUGUGUUAUUGCUGAGGGCUGGGAAGGAGCUCAGGCUUACUGGGUUCAUGUGUGGACGAUCAAGGAUGGUUUGAUCACUCAGUUCAGGGAGUAUUUCAACACGUGGCUGACUGUGAGGGAUCUGAAGCCGCUAGGGUGGAAGGAGAGUAAGAGCUUCACUGUGUGGCAGAGCAUGCCAAGGGACCUGUUCCACCGUUCUUUGCCAAGCCUUCUGCUAGCUAUUUAGUGUCUAAUUUGAGUAAGACUGUGAGACUAUAUAUGUUGUUGUACUUAAUUAGGAAGAAAAAUAUGAAAAUAUUAGAG